AUGCGAAUAUAUGUACUCUAAAUGAUUGAAAAUAGUUCUAAUAAUUAUAGAGAUAUUGAAAGCUAGAAUUUACCAUAGAAAUCUAAAAAAAAAUAUAUUAUUAUGGUAAUAAUGAUAUUAAUUAGUGUUGCACUAGUAAGCGUUUUAUUUUAUUUUUGUUUCAGGAAAACAAAUGAACCUUAAUAUAAACAUGUACCAGAAGAUUAAUUAAAAACAGAAGAAUAAAAUUUGAAAGACUUAUAAAAUGAAUAAAAAGUAAUUUUAAAUAUAUUGCGAUCUGAAAAAUUAGAAAGCGAAUAAAAAAUCUAAUAUUUAAAUAAAAAGCUUACUGAAACUUAAAAAGAAGAAGAUAAUAAACUGAUUAAAAAAUAAAUUUAAGAUAUCUAAAUUUAAUAUAAAGAACAUGAAUCUAAAUUACAACAACUGCUUUAAAAAAAUAAAAAUGAUAUUUCUAAAUAAGAAUAAAAGAUAUAAUAAUUAUAAAAAUAGAAAGAAGAAGAUGAAAAAAAAAAAAAUUAAGAUGAAGAAACUAAAAAAAAAGCUUAAGAAGAAGAAGCUAAGGCAAAAGCUUAAGAAGAAGCUAAAAAAAAAGCUGAUGAAAAAGCUAAAAAAUAAUCAGAAAUAGAAGAAGCAAAAAGAAAAGCUGAAGAAGAAGCUAAAAAUAAAUAAACUGAGGAAGAAAUAGCUAAAAAAAAAGCUGAAGAAGAGGCUAAAAAAUAAGCAGAAAUAGAAGAAGCAAAAAAAAAAGCUGAAGAAGAAGAGGCUAAAAAAAAAUAAACUGAGGAAGAAAUAGCUAAAAAAAAAGCUGAAGAAGAAGCUAAAAAAUAAGCAGAAAUAGAAAAAGCAAAAAGAAAAGCUGAAGAAGAAGCUAAAAAAAAAGUUGAAGAAGAAGAAGCUAAAAGAAAAGCUGAAGAAGAAGCUAAAAGAAAAGCUGAUGAAGAAGCGAAAAGAAAAGCUGAUGAAGAGACUAAAAAAAAAGACAAGGAUAAAAAUAAAAGCAUAUUCUAAAGGAUUAAACAUUAUUGGAAUUAUUUAUUUGGAAUAGAUAAAAUUUAUUGA